GAGACAAACCUUUUGCAUGCGCAAGCUGUAGCUUCCGAGGCACCACCAAAGAUCAGCUGAAAAAGCAUUCAGAGAGAGAGCAUGAUAAAGUGGCAUUUCGGUGCAAGGAGUGUGACUUCCUGGCACCUACAAGAACACGAUUGUGGAACCAUCAGCUGAAGCACCUGGGCAUCAAUGGAUUGUCUUGUCCUAAAUGUCCUCACAAGUUUGAUGG